CAUGCAAUCAGUUUGUUUUAUCUUUACAUUGAGCAUUAUAAUUCUUAUCAGUGUGCUCAAACAAGUCACUACAGUGUAACAUGAACAUUCCGAUUAUUUUAAUAAUUCUUAUAGUUGGCACUGAGGGCGCUUGCAUGGACGGAUGGGUUCAUUACGAAGACUCGUGUUACCUCAUUGGACAUACAGAUCUGUCUUUUAUAGAUGCUCAGAGAUACUGUCAGAGUCAUGGGGCGAACCUAGUCAAUUUAGAAACCCCAAAAGAGAACACGUUUCUAAAGGGUUAUCUUUCAGAUCUGAAAGAUUCGAAGCAUUGGAUUGGGCUUACUGACGAAAUAACGGAGGGUGUGUGGAAGCAAUAUCCGUCAGAAGAGCUUGUGACCUUCACCGACUGGGGAACUCACCAGCCGAACAACGGCAAAACAUCGAACUGUGCAGCUUAUUGGGAGUCAUUUGGAUACCACUGGGUUGACGAACCGUGCACAUCACACUAUAAGGCUCUUUGCGAAAUGCCGUUCGAGGCUGAGCAUAUCGUUGGCUAGUUAUCAAAUAUCAUUUGUACAACAAUGAUUUAUUUUAAUAAAACACUAAGACGGUUAUCAAA